AUGAAACUGCACCAAAAGUCCGUGCUCAGUUUCUUCCGUGGAUGCAGAACACAGGCUCCAGACCGGGAGGGCAUCUUGCUGAAGAAGGGAACCCGAAAUACCAGCUAUCAACGCCGCUGGUUCAUCCUCCGGGGAAACCUCCUCUUCUACCUGGAGAACCAGGCGGACCACACCCCCCUGGGCCUCAUUCUCUUGGAAAACUGCCAGGUGGAGCCGCGCCUUGGGGCCACAGAACCCUAUGCCUUCACCAUCCUGACCCCCAGGGCUGAGGGCACAGGUGGGCGGGCCUACAAGCUGGCGGCAGAAAACCAGGAAGAGCUGGGAGCCUGGCUGUGGGCGCUGGCUGGGGCGAGCUGGAGGCAGCUGGUGGUGCUACUGCCCCCCCUGGAGGCCCGGUACCGGGAGCUGUGCCAGGCAGCUGGCCAGGAGCCCAGCUCACCCCCAGAGGACUGCGGCUUCCUAGGCACCCUCAGUACCCCCUCCAGCUUCCAGGAGUUGCACGAGCACUUUGGGAAGGAGAUCCGGGUGUUGCAGGUGGUACGUAGAAGGCCCCAGGCCAGUGCCAACGGAAGCAGCAGAUCCCAGACAGAGGAGCAGCAGGAGCUCAACAGCUGUUGA